AUGUAUCGUCAUAGAAAAAAACGGGAAAAACAAAUUUUAGAAAAAGAAAAUUACAAGAAUAGCAGCGAGAGCGAAAAUGAUUUUGAACAACAAGAUAAUAAUGAUAAAAUUCGUUUGGCUAGAUCAGUGAGAGACAAUGGAAGAAGUAAGGAUGUGGUUUUUGAUGGCAUCGUUACAACUGGGAAAAAAAUUGAAGAAAAUGGCGAAAAUUUGGAAAAUGAAUUUUCUAAAAUUGCAGAUGAUGAUUUACCUCGUGAAAAUCAAAAUGAUGAAAAAUCACAUUCUGACAUAAAAACUCAUGUUGUUGAAAAUUCUGAAAUCAUUUCUAAUAAUGAAAAUCAAGAGGAAAAACUAAAUGAAAGUCCUGAAAAUAAUAUUGAUGAAAAACAAAUAACAGAUUCCGGUGAAAAAGAUUUAAAAUUAGGUGAUGAAUCGUCAUCAUCUAAUGUUAAUCAAGAUAAUUUUGACAAAAAUGAUGACGUCAAUAAUGAAAAUAUUAACGAUGAAGAUACGGAACCAAAAUCUACAGAUAAAGAUUCAAAUUCUAACGUAUCCGACAAACCUGUCAUAAUAAAAACUUCUACGGUGACUUCGAUUCGAAGGUACGAAAAAACUACGAAAGCCGCAACGAAAAAAAAUUUAAAAACAACUCAUCGUGAAAAAAAAUCAACGGAAAGUUCAUCGCAGGAAAAAAUUAUAAAGAAAGAAGAAAAUUCUUUGGUUGAACAAGAAAAAAUACCUGAUACAUCGGAAAAACAUUCCGAUGACGGAAGCCCUGAGGUAAACAAUGAAAACACUGAAGAAAAAACAAAGGAAACUGAUGAUGCAAGUGAAAAUUUAAACAGCGAAGUAUCACUUCAUGAGGAAAGUAAAAAUACUGAAGUAAUUGAAGUGACUGAUGAUAAAAAUAUUAGUGCACCGGAAGUAAAUGAAAAACCCGACGAAAAUCUCCCGGAAAUAGAUUUAAAAAAUAAAUUGGACGAUUCAAAUGUUUCUCAAACCUUGAAUAUUAUAACUGUAAAAACAAUCGAUGAAAUUUUAGAUGAUAAAGGUACCGAUCGGGAAAUUAUACCUGCAGAAAAUAUUUUACCCGUGGUGAACAAAGAAAAUGAUAACGUGACGGAAAUUAAAGAGGAAGUUGAAAAUCAAGUUUCAAAUUUAGUUAGUAAUGAUGAUUUAUUGGUUACCGAAGAGAAACCCCGGGAAAUUAUAAUAGAAGAAAAAAUCGAAAUGGUUACCGUUCCGAAAAAUACUCAUUCGAAAGAAGAAAAAAAUAAUAAAACAUUUUCUGAACCUGAUACAAUCGAAAUUAUCGAUACUAAAAUUGAUGGCGACAACGACACACUUGACGAUAAUGAUAAAAUUACAAUUGUUAAUAAUGAUGAUGAUAAUAAUAAUAAUAAUGGAAAAAAUAAAAUUGAUACUGAGGUUUUACUUGGAAAGGAAAACGAUCAAAAUGAAAAUAAUAAUUUAAUAUUUGAAAACGAAGAAGAAAAAAUAGAAAGGUACGAUAGCGACAUUAAUGAUGUCGAAGAAAAUUAUUUUAACGAUUCUGGAAGGCCGAUUUCACCAUCGGAGGAAUUAAGUUUUAACGAAGAAAAUAAUAAAAUUGAAAAAAUUGAUAAUGAAAUUAAUAAAAAACGUAAUAAAACUCAUAAGGUAUCGAGAUUAUGUAGGAAAAAUAAAAAUUACAAAGAAGGGAAUAACAUUUCGGUAACUCAACUCGUUCAAGGUACCAUCAGGAAAUAUCAUUUGGAAAGAGGUAUAUUUCAUCAAUUGUUAGAAUUAAAAAGAAUGCAAAUCAGAGCUGGAAGAGCAAACGAACAAGUACUUGUAAAAAGAUUAAUUGACGAAUAUGAAAGACUCUGUGCAACAUUGGGUAUGAGACAUUAUACGGGUACCUACACUUUUAAAGAAUUUGAAAAAUUUUUAUACGAUCAAUUGAGAUUACUAAACAGAGGUCAUACAAUUAUAAGACAAAUAAAAUCUUACGACGAUAUUGAUACGUUAUCGAACAUAUUGAAAAAAUCACGUUUUCAAAUAUUAAAUGAAGGAUACGGAUACGAACCUUUGUGUUCUUGCAUAACUCAAAGAUGUCAUCAUACCACUCGUGCCUACACUACAUUACCAUGUUCUGCUUAUCUUGCAUCGGUGCGGCAGAGCAAACAAAGAAAAGAAAGUUUUUUACCACGGAUACAAGAGAACAAGAGGAAUAAAAUAUCGUACAGAGAAAAAAAUUUAAAUAAUAAUACAAUAUUAGAAUUAUCACAAGGAAAUAAAACACAAAUUAUUGAACUUCCAAAAGUUUAUCCGGAGGAAAGCAAAAAAUUUCAUAUAACACUUAUAAUAAAAAAUGCUCAUCCGAUCCAUGAACAAGAUUAUUUUCAAGAAAAUCCAUCUGGAAAAAAUUAUUCAAGGCAUCGUCAUGCAAAAAGCGUAUAA